AGUAAUUUGAUGUAAGUUUCAUUAAGUAAUCACAAUGAUGCUGAUGGACUGUCUGUUCCAGAAGCUCAAGGGACUGCGCGGCCCCAAACCCGAGUCCCCGAAGUACCGAAGACAGAGGACGGCUCGAGACAGGUCAUCCCAAGCCUCCACCUCCGACACCAGCUCAUAUUACUCCGCCUCCUCCAACUUCAUAAACAAAGUGAUCCUCGGAAAGCACAUCUACAUCCGCAGCACAUGCGAGGAACAACCCGAUUACGCAGAGUCGCAAUUUGUCGCAGACUGCCUCCACUGGCACAACCUGUUCAGGGACAAGCAUGGAGUACCGCACCUCAAGAUUAACAACCAGCUCUGCAGUAUGGCCCAAUUUUGGGCUAACCACCUUGCUCACACCAAUACAUUCAGCUACAGAAAUUUGAGAGAUAUUGGAGAAAGUCUUUUUUCUAAGUGGUCAUACAUUCCUGAUUUUGACAUAACAGCUCAACAAGUCACCAAGUACUGGUACGACGAAAUCAAAACGUACAAUUUUUUCCUCGAUCCCAGUUUAUUGCAUGUUAACGCAGGUCAUUUUACGCAGAUGGUUUGGCGAAGCAGCACGGAUUUCGGCGUGGGAAAAGCGCGAUCUCGAUGCGGAAAAGUAAUUGUCGUCGCCAAUUAUAAACCUGCUGGCAACGUUAUCGGCGAGUUUCAAGACAACGUGUUCCAGCCAAUCAACGACAUGGAUAUCCUCACCGGAGAAGUGGGAUGAUUGAUACUUUCUUGUUUCCCGUUUUUAUGUAAUACG